AUGAGCCGACAGUUCAGCUGCAGAUCCGGGUACCGCAGCAGAGGGGGCUUUAGCUCCGGCUCUGCCGGGGCCCUCAGCUGCCAGCGCAGGACCACCAGCAGCUCCGUGCGCCGCAUUGGCGGAGGCGGGGGGAGGUUUACAUCGGGGGUCUGUGGGGGCGGCGGCGGCGGCGGCGGUUUCGGAAGCCGCAGCCUUGUCAGCCUCGGAGGCAGUAAAAGCAUCUCCCUGAGUGUGGCCAGAGGAGGGGGACGCUUUGGUGGUGGCUUUGGCGGCAGUGGUGGUGGCUUUGGGGGUGGCAGUUUCGGCAGCGGAGGUGGGUUUGGUGGAGGUGGUUUUGGGGGUGGUGGCUUUGGGGGUGGUGGCUUUGGAGGUGGUGGCUUUGGAGGUGGUGGCUUUGGGGGUGGAGGCUUCGGGGGUGGGUUUGGGCCUGUCUGCCCCCCUGGUGGCAUCCAGGAAGUCACCGUCAACCAGAGCCUUCUACAACCCCUCAAUGUGGAGAUUGACCCUGAGAUCCAAAAAGUCAAGUCUCGAGAGAGGGAGCAGAUUAAGACCCUCAACAACCAAUUUGCCUCCUUCAUCGACAAGGUGCGGUUCCUGGAGCAACAGAACCAGGUGCUGCAAACGAAAUGGGAGCUGCUGCAGCAGGUGGAUACCACCACAAGGUCCCACAACCUGGAGCCCUUGUUCGAAGCAUACAUCAGCAGCCUCCGAAACAGAAUAGACCAGCUGAAGAGCGACCAGUCUCGGAUGGAUUCGGAGCUGAAGAACAUGCAAGACCUGGUGGAGGAUUACCGCAACAAGUACGAGGAUGAAAUCAACAAGCGCACGAAUGCAGAGAAUGAAUUUGUGACCAUCAAGAAGGAUGUGGACGCUGCAUACAUGAACAAAGUGGACCUCCAGGCCAAAGUGGACACCUUACAGCAGGAAAUUGAGUUCUACACAACCCUCUUCCAAAUGGAGCUGUCCCAGGUGCAGACAGACAUCAGCCAGACCAACGUGGUGCUGUCCAUGGACAACAACCGCUCCCUGGACCUGGGCAGCAUCAUCGCCGAGGUGAAGGCACAGUACGAGGAGAUCGCCCAGAGGAGCAAGGCUGAAGCCGAGUCCCUGUACCAGACCAAGUAUGAAGAGCUGCAGAUCACGGCUGGCAGACAAGGCGACAGCGUGAAAAACUCAAAAAUGGAGAUAUCUGAGCUGAAUCGCACGAUGCAGAGACUCAGGGCUGAAAUCGAUAGCGUCAAGAAGCAGAUCGCCAGCCUGCAGCAGUCCAUCUCGGACGCCGAGCAGCGUGGAGAGAACGCCCUCAAGGACGCCCAGAACAAGCUGAAUGACUUGGAGGACGCCCUGCAGCAGGCCAAGGAGGACAUGGCGCGCCUGCUGCGCGAUUACCAGGAGCUCAUGAACACCAAGCUGGCCUUGGACAUCGAGAUAGCCACCUACAGGAAGCUGCUGGAAGGCGAGGAGAGCAGGAUGUCUGGGGAGUGCACCCCCAACGUGAGCGUGUCGGUGAGCACCAGCCACACCAGCAUCAGCGGAGGAGGCAGCCGGGGAGGCGGCGGCUACGGCUCCGGCGGCGGCGGCUACGGCUCCGGCGGUGGCAGCUACGGCUCGGGAGGCGGCGGCGGCUAUGGCUCCAGAGGCGGCGGCGGCGGCGGCGGCAGCUAUGGCUCCGGAGGCAGCUCCGGGGGCCGCAGAGGCGGCUCCGGAGGGGGUGGCGGCAGCUCGGGCGGCCGGGUUUCCGGCGGCGGGAGCUCCGGGGGCAGCUUCAGCUCCUCGGGGGGCCGGGGGUCCAGUUCUGGGGGCACCAAGAGCUCAGGAGGCAGCUCCAGCGUGAAGUUCGUGUCGGCCACUUACUCCUAA